AUGCAUUCGUCGGCCCAUCGCUCACCGCGUCCGCUCUCCAUUUCGUCGCCUUCGUGCUCUCUCUCCCGUCGCCUUCGCGCUCUCCAUCCCGUCGCCCUUGCAAUCUCCCCUCCCAUCCGGUCGUUCCACCCUCCCCUCGCCAUCGCGCUCACGUUCCUCCCCUCCCCUCGCCAUCGCGCUCACGUUCCUCCCCUCCCCUCGCCAUCGCGCUCACGUUCCUCCCUCCCCUCGCCAUCGCGCUCACGUUCCUCCCCUCCCCUCGCCAUCGCGCUCACGUUCCUCCCUCCCCUCGCCAUCGCGCUCACGUUCCUCCCCUCCCCUCGCCAUCGCGCUCACGUUCCUCCCUCCCCUCGCCAUCGCGCUCACGUUCCUCCCCUCCCCUCGCCAUCGCGCUCACGUUCCUCCCCUCCCCUCGCCAUCGCGCUCACGUUCCUCCCCUCCCCUCGCCAUCGCGCUACGUUCCUCCCUCCCCUCGUAAUCGCGCCCACGUUCCUCCCCUCCCCUCGCCAUCGCGCUCACGUUCCUCCCCUCCCCUCGCCAUCGCGCUACGUUCCUCCCUCCCCUCGCAAUCGCGCUCACGUUCCUCCCCUCCCCUCGCCAUCGCGCUCACGUUCCUCCCCUCCCCUCGCCAUCGCGCUCACGGUCCUCCCCUCCCCUCCCAUCCCGUCGUUCGCCUCCUCUUCCCUCCCAUCCCGUCGUUCGCCUCCUCUCCCCUCCCAUCCCGUCGUUCGCCUCCUCUCCCCUCCCAUCCCGUCGUUCGCCUCCUCUCCCCUCCCAUCCCGUCGUUCGCCUCCUCUCUUCUCUUUCUUCCCUUCGCUCCUCCGAUCUCCCCUCGCUGGCCGUUGUUCCUCUCUCUCUCCCCAUCGAUAUCAUUCUAUCCGUUGGUGA